CGAGUUGUUUGUUGAGUAGGUGUGUCGCGUCUAGGCGGAGUUCUUAGAUAAAGGCGGGUCUUAAUGCAGUCUUUAUAUACGGUCACGGUGCCUUGACGCGGAUCUGUGGUUGUAAACUUGUAGCUUGAACAGGAGUAAUCCUUCAAAAGACGUCAAAAUGAUUAUUGUAAUCGAAGACAAGGCUGGCUUUGACAAUGCCCUGAAAAAUGCUGGAAGUAAGCUGGUGGUAGUGGACUUCACGGCCACAUGGUGCGGGCCCUGCCAGAUGAUCAAACCAAUUUUUGCAGCGAUGUCUGAUGAUGAAAAGUUUAAAGAUGUGGUGUUUCUAAAGGUGGAUGUGGAUGAUGCACAGGAAGUGGCUGCCAGCUGUGACAUCAAAUGUAUGCCAACAUUCCAGUUUUAUAAAAAUGGGGCAAAGAUUGAUGAAUUUUCUGGUGCAAACAAAGAUCAACUGGUGGAGAAGAUCCAUAAGCAUAAAUAAAAACGCAAUAAAACCAAACAACCCCCAAAAACCAAUAUAUACAGUAUCAGCCAAUAGCUAAACAUCAAGUACUUUAUCCACAUACUUUCAUUAAUUCAUCUCUUAACAGCUACAUUUUUAGUUUACAAAACAGAUAAAAACAAAGACAAUACAUUCCUCCAAAACUUUAAAUAUGUUGGCCUAAUUUAUUUUAUGUUGGCUUCAUGUAAAAUGAAAAUAAAUCAAACGGUGACUUUUACAA